AUGGUUUCGUUAUCCUGCCCCGCUACACCUGUUGCGGGAGUUACGUGCGAUGCGUGCUCGCAGAGGGACUUUCGCUUGCGUCGGUACAAAUGCUUAGUGUGCUGCGACUACGAUUUAUGCGGGACUUGCUUCGAUAAUCAAUGCGAAACAAACCAGCACCUGCGAACCCAUCCAAUGCAAUGCUUGAUUCCCAAAGCGGAUCAUAAAUUAUUUUAUAAUGGCGAAGUAAGCUUUUGUUUCCCUGUACGCUUCAGUGAAUAUUUCUUGUGGCGCAUCAGCUAG